AUGCUGUUGGACGAUGUGUGCAUGGAGAUGAAUGAGAUUAGAGGAUCACUGGGCUCCCUGUUGAGUCAGGUGAGAGAUUUGCGUGCAGCACAUACGGAAGCGAACGCCGAUCGAGCCGACAUGGCGAACAAACUGAUUGAAUAUGAACGGGCUGCAGUUUGCUUGGAUUCAGCUGCCGAUCAUCCAACACGAGAGGUGCAAGACGCCGAUGAACCGUCGAAACCCUCACUAUCCGAAUAUAACGCAUUGGACGAGCUGUGUAGAGAUUUGCAGCGUGCACUGGACACACGAUCAUCGGAGUUGGAGACAGUAGUUGAGAAAAUGAGAGGAUGUGAAUCAGUGAAUGCAGCGUUGACGCGUGAGUGUGAGUUGUUAAAGCAUCGUGUAGAGAAGUACACAAGGAUGACUACUGAUCUGGAGAAUGAUGUGAGUCGAGCGAAGGCACUUGUGCCACUAGUUGUGAAUGAGCUGAGAGACUUGCGCAGCGACUAUGGAGAUUGGUGUAGAGAACACGAAGAACGAGUUGGUGAGUGCAUUGAAGCUGUUGGGACAGCGCUAUCGGCGGUAUCAUCGUCAUUGGAUGAUGGUGGUGUGGUUGAACGUGUGGACCGUGAUUGUGGAACGAGUGAUUGGCCAGAGGAGUUGGAUGCUUCUGUGAGCGAAAUGAGAAGACUGUGCGAUUCGAACCGUGAGCUGUCAGAGGAUCUGUGCAAGUACCGCGAAUUGUGUGAUAAGCAAGCGUCGGAGAUAUCAUCGAUGCAGGUAGCUUUGCGUGAAGCAGUUGAGCAAGCGUCAUCGGCACGCGAUGAACUCGAGGCUUAUAGACAGGAGAAAGUGAGCGCGCUGUCAGAGUUGGAGAGACGACUGGCUGUUUCGAGCGAGGAGUGUUGUGCAUUACAGGCUGAAGUGCAGCGACUUGAGAAGUCGAUAGAAGAGAAUUGUAAGACAGCGGUUGCAAUAGCCAGUCGAGACUGGGAGUUGCACAUAGAGCAAGUGACGAGUGAACGUGACACUGCGCUUAGAGAGUUGGUGGAACUACGUGGAAGACUGGAGGCAGCAGAGAGUGUGAGGAUUGGAGGUGUUGAAGAAGCCGGUGCAGGCGCAGGCGCAGUAGCAGUAGCGGUAGCAGGCGAAGAAGUGGUGACGAGAGUGAUGACAAGCGAUGUGAGAACUGAGAAAGUCAUCGAGUGUGUCAUUGAACAUGAUGUGGCCUUGUCGUCAGGAUUGACGACACGUGAGUGGAGAGAGACUGUGAGCGUGGGAGUUGGUCAUGAUGUUGAGGACGACGAAUUGAUUGGCGGAAGGGUAGUGGACGGUUGGAGCGACUACAAGUUGGAGUGGAGCGAUACUGGUGAUGAGGACAAGUCGCCGGCGAGUGUACCGAGUAGUGUUGUAUUUGUGGAUGCAGGCACUCAGGUGGUGGUUAGUGAGUUGUCGUUGAUCAGUGGUGAUGAGAGUUUGUCAAAAUCAGAGUCAGCCGGUGUUGGUGCUGGUGCUGGUGUUGAAAUGGAGGCGGCGGCUGCAGAGGAGGAGGAAUCGCGUAAGUCGAUGGACGAGCUACGUGCAGAGUUGGCCUUCUGCUAUGACCAGAUAGCGACGCUAUCGAGAUGUGUGGAGGAGAGCGGUGACUCGUUGAGAGAUGUGCGUCAUUUGUUGAGUGUGAAGGAGAGAGAGGUAGCUGAACUGGAGGAGGAGAAGCGUCGUUUGUCGGUGGAGGUGAGUGAGGGUCAUGAGACACUGUGUGCAGAACGACGCGAUUUGGAGAUGCUUCGUGCGAAUGUUGCUGCGUUGGAGAAGGAGAUGGAGGUGAUGACGAGGCGGCGGGAUAUUGAGAGUGGUGUGUCAGAUGGUGUUGUUGUUGUUGGAGAGGAAGUGUGUGUGCAAACGGAGGUGGAGGAUGUCUUCGACUUGGUGUCGAAGCUGCAGCUGGAGGUGUCUCGUCUGCGUAGUGAACAAUUGACGAUGUCCACAGCUCUCGAGCUUUCCCAGUGUGAGUUGGACAGGAAACGUGAUGAAGUGCAGAAGUUGGAAUCACGCGUUGCGGCGGUGGAGGCGAGUCGAUCCAUACCUUGUGAAGGUUUGACGAGAACGCCUGAUGUGACUGUUGAUGAGUUGACGCGAGUUGACUAUCGAGUUGAAGUGGAAGCUGCUGUUUUGUCUGGUCUUCCGGAUAGGGCGUUAGUAGAGACUGUCGUGUGUGACACAGCAGGAGACAUUGUUCCGGAUCGACUGCAGCCACAGACUACUGACUCAAGUGUUGUGGGCGUUGCAGACGAGGAAUUGAUCUCACCUGUUCGUGUGAUUCAGAGUGAGACAAGACCAGUGAGUGAGGACGCAGAACUCGACGUGUUGAGUACAGACAGUCUGAGAGAGAGACUGAGGGAUGCGAUGAACAGAAUCAGUGAACUUGAGAAUGCCAAGGCAGAGCUGAGUGUGCGUGUAUGUGAGCUGGAAGGUGUCGUUGUGUGUGACGACAAGUCGACGAGUGUGGGUGAGAGUUUGUCAAAGGAGGUUGAAGAGGCUGUUGCCUUGUCGAAACACAAUGAGGAUCUGAAGAGAGAGGUGGACUUGUUGCGAAACAGUGUAUCAGAACGCACAAUGCUGUUGGACGAUGUGUGCAUGGAGAUGAAUGAGAUUAGAGGAUCACUGGGCUCCCUGUUGAGUCAGGUGAGAGAUUUGCGUGCAGCACAUACGGAAGCGAACGCCGAUCGAGCCGACAUGGCGAACAAACUGAUUGAAUAUGAACGGGCUGCAGUUUGCUUGGAUUCAGCUGCCGAUCAUCCAACACGAGAGGUGCAAGACGCCGAUGAACCGUCGAAACCCUCACUAUCCGAAUAUAACGCAUUGGACGAGCUGUGUAGAGAUUUGCAGCGUGCACUGGACACACGAUCAUCGGAGUUGGAGACAGUAGUUGAGAAAAUGAGAGGAUGUGAAUCAGUGAAUGCAGCGUUGACGCGUGAGUGUGAGUUGUUAAAGCAUCGUGUAGAGAAGUACACAAGGGUGACUACUGAUCUGGAGAAUGAUGUGAGUCGAGCGAAGGCACUUGUGCCACUAGUUGUGAAUGAGCUGAGAGACUUGCGCACCGACUAUGGAGAUUGGUGUAGAGAACACGAAGAACGAGUUGGUGAGUGCAUUGAAGCUGUUGGGACAGCGCUAUCAGCGGUAUCAUCGUCAUUGGAUGAUGGUGGUGUGGUUGAACGUGUGGACCGUGAUUGUGGAACGAGUGAUUGGCCAGAGGAGUUGGAUGCUUCUGUGAGCGAAAUGAGAAGACUGUGCGAUUCGAACCGUGAGCUGUCAGAGGAUCUGUGCAAGUACCGCGAAUUGUGUGAUAAGCAAGCGUCGGAGAUAUCAUCGAUGCAGGUAGCUUUGCGUGAAGCAGUUGAGCAAGCGUCAUCGGCACGCGAUGAACUCGAGGCUUAUAGACAGGAGAAAGUGAGCGCGCUGUCAGAGUUGGAGAGACGACUGGCUGUUUCGAGCGAGGAGUGUUGUGCAUUACAGGCUGAAGUGCAGCGACUUGAGAAGUCGAUAGAAGAGAAUUGUAAGACAGCGGUUGCAAUAGCCAGUCGAGACUGGGAGUUGCACAUAGAGCAAGUGACGAGUGAACGUGACACUGCGCUUAGAGAGUUGGUGGAACUACGUGGAAGACUGGAGGCAGCAGAGAGUGUGAGGAUUGGAGGUGUUGAAGAAGCCGGUGCAGGCGCAGGCGCAGUAGCAGUAGCGGUAGCAGGCGAAGAAGUGGUGACGAGAGUGAUGACAAGCGAUGUGAGAACUGAGAAAGUCAUCGAGUGUGUCAUUGAACAUGAUGUGGCCUUGUCGUCAGGAUUGACGACACGUGAGUGGAGAGAGACUGUGAGCGUGGGAGUUGGUCAUGAUGUUGAGGACGACGAAUUGAUUGGCGGAAGGGUAGUGGACGGUUGGAGCGACUACAAGUUGGAGUGGAGCGGUACUGGUGAUGAGGACAAGUCGCCGGCGAGUGUACCGAGUAGUGUUGUAUUUGUGGAUGCAGGCACUCAGGUGGUGGUUAGUGAGUUGUCGUUGAUCAGUGGUGAUGAGAGUUUGUCAAAAUCAGAGUCAGCCGGUGUUGGUGCUGGUGCUGGUGUUGAAAUGGAGGCGGCGGCUGCAGAGGAGGAGGAAUCGCGUAAGUCGAUGGACGAGCUACGUGCAGAGUUGGCCUUCUGCUAUGACCAGAUAGCGACGCUAUCGAGAUGUGUGGAGGAGAGCGGUGACUCGUUGAGAGAUGUGCGUCAUUUGUUGAGUGUGAAGGAGAGAGAGGUAGCUGAACUGGAGGAGGAGAAGCGUCGUUUGUCGGUGGAGGUGAGUGAGGGUCAUGAGACACUGUGUGCAGAACGACGCGAUUUGGAGAUGCUUCGUGCGAAUGUUGCUGCGUUGGAGAAGGAGAUGGAGGUGAUGACGAGGCGGCGGGAUAUUGAGAGUGGUGUGUCAGAUGGUGUUGUUGUUGUUGGAGAGGAAGUGUGUGUGCAAACGGAGGUGGAGGAUGUCUUCGACUUGGUGUCGAAGCUGCAGCUGGAGGUGUCUCGUCUGCGUAGUGAACAAUUGACGAUGUCCACAGCUCUCGAGCUUUCCCAGUGUGAGUUGGACAGGAAACGUGAUGAAGUGCAGAAGUUGGAAUCACGCGUUGCGGCGGUGGAGGCGAGUCGAUCCAUACCUUGUGAAGGUUUGACGAGAACGCCUGAUGUGACUGUUGAUGAGUUGACGCGAGUUGACUAUCGAGUUGAAGUGGAAGCUGCUGUUUUGUCUGGUCUUCCGGAUAGGGCGUUAGUAGAGACUGUCGUGUGUGACACAGCAGGAGACAUUGUUCCGGAUCGACUGCAGCCACAGACUACUGACUCAAGUGUUGUGGGCGUUGCAGACGAGGAAUUGAUCUCACCUGUUCGUGUGAUUCAGAGUGAGACAAGACCAGUGAGUGAGGACGCAGAACUCGACGUGUUGAGUACAGACAGUCUGAGAGAGAGACUGAGGGAUGCGAUGAACAGAAUCAGUGAACUUGAGAAUGCCAAGGCAGAGCUGAGUGUGCGUGUAUGUGAGCUGGAAGGUGUCGUUGUGUGUGACGACAAGUCGACGAGUGUGGGUGAGAGUUUGUCAAAGGAGGUUGAAGAGGCUGUCGCCUUGUCGAAACACAAUGAGGAUCUGAAGAGAGAGGUGGACUUGUUGCGAAACAGUGUAUCAGAACGCACAAUGCUGUUGGACGAUGUGUGCAUGGAGAUGAAUGAGAUUAGAGGAUCACUGGGCUCCCUGUUGAGUCAGGUGAGAGAUUUGCGUGCAGCACAUACGGAAGCGAACGCCGAUCGAGCCGACAUGGCGAACAAACUGAUUGAAUAUGAACGGGCUGCAGUUUGCUUGGAUUCAGCUGCCGAUCAUCCAACACGAGAGGUGCAAGACGCCGAUGAACCGUCGAAACCCUCACUAUCCGAAUAUAACGCAUUGGACGAGCUGUGUAGAGAUUUGCAGCGUGCACUGGACACACGAUCAUCGGAGUUGGAGACAGUAGUUGAGAAAAUGAGAGGAUGUGAAUCAGUGAAUGCAGCGUUGACGCGUGAGUGUGAGUUGUUAAAGCAUCGUGUAGAGAAGUACACAAGGGUGACUACUGAUCUGGAGAAUGAUGUGAGUCGAGCGAAGGCACUUGUGCCACUAGUUGUGAAUGAGCUGAGAGACUUGCGCACCGACUAUGGAGAUUGGUGUAGAGAACACGAAGAACGAGUUGGUGAGUGCAUUGAAGCUGUUGGGACAGCGCUAUCAGCGGUAUCAUCGUCAUUGGAUGAUGGUGGUGUGGUUGAACGUGUGGACCGUGAUUGUGGAACGAGUGAUUGGCCAGAGGAGUUGGAUGCUUCUGUGAGCGAAAUGAGAAGACUGUGCGAUUCGAACCGUGAGCUGUCAGAGGAUCUGUGCAAGUACCGCGAAUUGUGUGAUAAGCAAGCGUCGGAGAUAUCAUCGAUGCAGGUAGCUUUGCGUGAAGCAGUUGAGCAAGCGUCAUCGGCACGCGAUGAACUCGAGGCUUAUAGACAGGAGAAAGUGAGCGCGCUGUCAGAGUUGGAGAGACGACUGGCUGUUUCGAGCGAGGAGUGUUGUGCAUUACAGGCUGAAGUGCAGCGACUUGAGAAGUCGAUAGAAGAGAAUUGUAAGACAGCGGUUGCAAUAGCCAGUCGAGACUGGGAGUUGCACAUAGAGCAAGUGACGAGUGAACGUGACACUGCGCUUAGAGAGUUGGUGGAACUACGUGGAAGACUGGAGGCAGCAGAGAGUGUGAGGAUUGGAGGUGUUGAAGAAGCCGGUGCAGGCGCAGGCGCAGUAGCAGUAGCGGUAGCAGGCGAAGAAGUGGUGACGAGAGUGAUGACAAGCGAUGUGAGAACUGAGAAAGUCAUCGAGUGUGUCAUUGAACAUGAUGUGGCCUUGUCGUCAGGAUUGACGACACGUGAGUGGAGAGAGACUGUGAGCGUGGGAGUUGGUCAUGAUGUUGAGGACGACGAAUUGAUUGGCGGAAGGGUAGUGGACGGUUGGAGCGACUACAAGUUGGAGUGGAGCGGUACUGGUGAUGAGGACAAGUCGCCGGCGAGUGUACCGAGUAGUGUUGUAUUUGUGGAUGCAGGCACUCAGGUGGUGGUUAGUGAGUUGUCGUUGAUCAGUGGUGAUGAGAGUUUGUCAAAAUCAGAGUCAGCCGGUGUUGGUGCUGGUGCUGGUGUUGAAAUGGAGGCGGCGGCUGCAGAGGAGGAGGAAUCGCGUAAGUCGAUGGACGAGCUACGUGCAGAGUUGGCCUUCUGCUAUGACCAGAUAGCGACGCUAUCGAGAUGUGUGGAGGAGAGCGGUGACUCGUUGAGAGAUGUGCGUCAUUUGUUGAGUGUGAAGGAGAGAGAGGUAGCUGAACUGGAGGAGGAGAAGCGUCGUUUGUCGGUGGAGGUGAGUGAGGGUCAUGAGACACUGUGUGCAGAACGACGCGAUUUGGAGAUGCUUCGUGCGAAUGUUGCUGCGUUGGAGAAGGAGAUGGAGGUGAUGACGAGGCGGCGGGAUAUUGAGAGUGGUGUGUCAGAUGGUGUUGUUGUUGUUGGAGAGGAAGUGUGUGUGCAAACGGAGGUGGAGGAUGUCUUCGACUUGGUGUCGAAGCUGCAGCUGGAGGUGUCUCGUCUGCGUAGUGAACAAUUGACGAUGUCCACAGCUCUCGAGCUUUCCCAGUGUGAGUUGGACAGGAAACGUGAUGAAGUGCAGAAGUUGGAAUCACGCGUUGCGGCGGUGGAGGCGAGUCGAUCCAUACCUUGUGAAGGUUUGACGAGAACGCCUGAUGUGACUGUUGAUGAGUUGACGCGAGUUGACUAUCGAGUUGAAGUGGAAGCUGCUGUUUUGUCUGGUCUUCCGGAUAGGGCGUUAGUAGAGACUGUCGUGUGUGACACAGCAGGAGACAUUGUUCCGGAUCGACUGCAGCCACAGACUACUGACUCAAGUGUUGUGGGCGUUGCAGACGAGGAAUUGAUCUCACCUGUUCGUGUGAUUCAGAGUGAGACAAGACCAGUGAGUGAGGACGCAGAACUCGACGUGUUGAGUACAGACAGUCUGAGAGAGAGACUGAGGGAUGCGAUGAACAGAAUCAGUGAACUUGAGAAUGCCAAGGCAGAGCUGAGUGUGCGUGUAUGUGAGCUGGAAGGUGUCGUUGUGUGUGACGACAAGUCGACGAGUGUGGGUGAGAGUUUGUCAAAGGAGGUUGAAGAGGCUGUCGCCUUGUCGAAACACAAUGAGGAUCUGAAGAGAGAGGUGGACUUGUUGCGAAACAGUGUAUCAGAACGCACAAUGCUGUUGGACGAUGUGUGCAUGGAGAUGAAUGAGAUUAGAGGAUCACUGGGCUCCCUGUUGAGUCAGGUGAGAGAUUUGCGUGCAGCACAUACGGAAGCGAACGCCGAUCGAGCCGACAUGGCGAACAAACUGAUUGAAUAUGAACGGGCUGCAGUUUGCUUGGAUUCAGCUGCCGAUCAUCCAACACGAGAGGUGCAAGACGCCGAUGAACCGUCGAAACCCUCACUAUCCGAAUAUAACGCAUUGGACGAGCUGUGUAGAGAUUUGCAGCGUGCACUGGACACACGAUCAUCGGAGUUGGAGACAGUAGUUGAGAAAAUGAGAGGAUGUGAAUCAGUGAAUGCAGCGUUGACGCGUGAGUGUGAGUUGUUAAAGCAUCGUGUAGAGAAGUACACAAGGGUGACUACUGAUCUGGAGAAUGAUGUGAGUCGAGCGAAGGCACUUGUGCCACUAGUUGUGAAUGAGCUGAGAGACUUGCGCACCGACUAUGGAGAUUGGUGUAGAGAACACGAAGAACGAGUUGGUGAGUGCAUUGAAGCUGUUGGGACAGCGCUAUCAGCGGUAUCAUCGUCAUUGGAUGAUGGUGGUGUGGUUGAACGUGUGGACCGUGAUUGUGGAACGAGUGAUUGGCCAGAGGAGUUGGAUGCUUCUGUGAGCGAAAUGAGAAGACUGUGCGAUUCGAACCGUGAGCUGUCAGAGGAUCUGUGCAAGUACCGCGAAUUGUGUGAUAAGCAAGCGUCGGAGAUAUCAUCGAUGCAGGUAGCUUUGCGUGAAGCAGUUGAGCAAGCGUCAUCGGCACGCGAUGAACUCGAGGCUUAUAGACAGGAGAAAGUGAGCGCGCUGUCAGAGUUGGAGAGACGACUGGCUGUUUCGAGCGAGGAGUGUUGUGCAUUACAGGCUGAAGUGCAGCGACUUGAGAAGUCGAUAGAAGAGAAUUGUAAGACAGCGGUUGCAAUAGCCAGUCGAGACUGGGAGUUGCACAUAGAGCAAGUGACGAGUGAACGUGACACUGCGCUUAGAGAGUUGGUGGAACUACGUGGAAGACUGGAGGCAGCAGAGAGUGUGAGGAUUGGAGGUGUUGAAGAAGCAGGUGCAGUAGCAUUAUCAGGUCAUUUUGCAUCAUCCUCAUUUCAUUCACCGUUAUCUCUUGUUCAAUCUCGUGAACCUGUUCAAUCAUUUACAUCCGGUUUGGAUUCUGAACUUUCUCACUUACGUCGUGAAUUUUCUAAAACUUCAAUGUCUUUAAUGUAUGCCGUUGAUCUUGUUGAUGAUUGCUUCAAACUCCUAGUGUUAUUCAUCCGUCUAUUGACUGAAAUUCUGAAUACCUCAUCGUCUUCCAUCCUAGACGCUGAAAUGUCUUCCAAUGUAAUAAACAAUUUAAAAAAUAUUCUAUCUAUUACAAAUUCUACUUAUUUUGUUGAAUAUUUUGGUGAUCAUGCGCAGAUUUUAUCAGAAUUUAGAAGUUUAUGUGAUCUCAUCGCGUCGAAUCAACAAUCCUCCACAUGUUCAAUUUGUCAUCGAAUCAUUGUUCCCAAUGAUUCGAUAAUUUUAUCUAGUUUAUGCAUGAAUUGUUCUACGGAUUUAGAAGGUUUAGAUUAUGCCAGGUUUAGAGAAUUUAUCGAUUCCAGUCAGACGAAUCGAUAUUCUAAUGUUGCGUCUACUGACCAUCCUACAACUAACGGUACUAAUGAUGAAAUAGUUGAAACUGCUAGACACUCAUCAACUUGCCUAUCUGUACCUAUCAAUAACGAGAAUGAGAUUUGUGAUACUCCUGAUGCGAAUACUAUCACCACUAUUCGAGCUGAAUUAAUUCAGACUAUCCAGGAUCUUGAAGAUAAACUUCUAAUUGCUGAAUCAGAAAGAAAUCGCUUAAAUCAAUUAAUCUAUUCAUUAUCGAUGCCAACGUCUACUACGUCUUGUUCUUCUUCUACUGAAGACAGUGACGAAUACAAACAAUUACAACUUGACUUUUCAAAUAUCAAUAAUACAAAUAAGCAUUUAAAAUUAUUUAUUCAUGAAUUAUUUGAAGAAAUUUAUAAAUAUACAAAAGUAUCCAUAGAAAAGUCAUCCUCAACAUCAUCUUUAAUUGAAUCUUUGCAAAAAUUAAUUUGUUUAAAUCACCAAGUGAAUGACUACAUUGACCUUGAAGAUAUUUCCCGCCGUUUUGAAACAAUUAUUGAACAAUUAAAACAAUUAAAGGACACCAACAAAGAAGAUGAUGGUGAUGUUGAUAUCUUGGAGAUGCAAAACCGUUUGGAACAAAUGCAGUUAGAUUAUGAAAAACUUUGUUUUGAAAAUAUUUAUUUAACUAAAAAAAUCAAUACACAACUAUCAAUUGAUAAUCAAGAUAAAUUGGAUAUUGGAAGAGGUAUAUUAAAUUGUACAAUAGAACAAUUGAAACAAUUGAAUGUACUGAUCAAUAAAUCAAUAAUUGAUAAAAGUUGUUAUCCACUUGAUAAUAUUGAUGAUACAUUUAAAAUAUUGGAUGAUAUUCGCAUGUCAGAGAAUUUAAUGAUGAAAUUAAAUACCGGGGAAUAUAGGUCAGAAAUUAUUCAAUGUUGUCAAUAUGUUAAACAAUUAAUUGAAGAAAAUUUAAAAUUGAAAACUUUACAAGAUUUAAAGCUAUCCACUCCAUCAGAUGUUGAUGAUGGUGAUAAUGCUGACGGCGAUACGCCACCGGCUUAUCAACUUGAUGCCAAUCUUCAUGAACAAUUCUCUACCCUAGAGACUUCACUGUCAACCACUAUGAAUUGCCUGUUGAAUCGUGUAGACGAAUUAACUCAAAGAAUUGAUGUCCUACAGAGUGGAAUUGAAAAAUCUUCCCGACAUGUCAGGUCGUCAGAAGCUAACCGUCUUGAAGAGUUUCAACAGGACAUUAAUAAUCAAAUAUUAAAUGAUCAAUUGACUUCAUUAAAACAACGAGACAUUGAAUGGGAAGUUAACAUCAAUACCCUUUAUAAUUGUUUAUCACAAGUGAUCGUAGACGAUGAAGACAAAGGCAGAAGGCAGAAGGAUGACGAGGAGGUGGAGAACGAAGACAACAAGUCCACGAAACAGCCUAUUUAUCAUCCAGAAGAAAUCUUACCCCAAUUCAAUCGAUUUAUCAAUACUGCACAAACACAAAUCAAUAGAAUAGCUAGUCUUGAAAAUCAAUACAAUGAACUCAAUAUACAAUUGAAUCAAUUAUCAGAAGAAUAUGAACAAGCACGUUGUGAAGUGAAACGUCUACAGACAACAGCUAGUCAACAAACUAAUGAUGCCGAUAGAUAUACAAAUAUGUUAGAUUAUUUAGUAGCUAAAAUUAUUGAUCUUUCAAGUGAAUUACCUGAUCCCAGUUCAUCGCCUGGCGAUGAUCAGGAUCAUGAAUUAGAUGUUAUGCGUAUCCCGAAGUCUUCAUCUAGUACAGAUAUUGAACUUAUUUUGAUAAGAAUUAAAAAAUACCUUUGUGAGUAUAAAUCAAUUCAAGAAAAGUUGAGACAAGUUGAAGAAGAGAAGGCUUCACUUAUUAAUCGAUUAGCAAAACAAUUUGACCAGCAACCAGAAGAAGUAGUGGAACAAGAAGAAGUGCAUACAACUCUGCCUGUCUUCUCUUUAGAGAAACCUGUUGAAAAGAUUGAAACUGUCGAUACUGAAUGCCUUCAAAUGAUGUCAUAUGCUAUGCCACCACCUUCUGCUCCACCCUCUUCUCAUAAAGACACUAAGCCAGUUAUUGAUCAAUUGUCUACUAUGAAAGAUGACAUCAUGCUGUUAAGAUGCGAAACGAUCAAUAUGAUAGAAACUAUGAAUCAAACGCUUGAAAGUACCAUUGAAUACUCUACUUCAUGUCUAAUCGAUACUUCGCCAUCAUCGUCAUCUCUAUUGAAAAAAUCAGAGAUACUAUUCAACUUUACAAAAGAUUUAACCACUACAGUAUCACUGGAACCGUCAAUAGAUGAUCCUCUAGUAGAACAUCCCCUGGAACUCAUCUCAGAAGAUGAUCUCACUGCAUUCUUGAAUGACUUACUCAACAGAAUUAACGAUACUUUGAAAGAGAGAAAUCAGCCGCCAUCACCAUCACCACGGUCGCCGCCACCGACAACAUUAGAUGGUGAUAUACAUAUUAUUGAUUCAAAACUUAUGCACAAUUAUGCACUACUCAUCAAUAAAUUGAGUAGUAUUCUUCACCUUCCUACAACAUCUUAUCGAUCAGAUCAAUUCAUCAAUGCACAGAUUGAAGAAAUUCUCAAUCGUUUACCAAAUCUUUCAACAAAUCAAAAGAUGAAUGAAUUAUGCGAAUAUAUUGAUCAAUUGCUUAUCGAUUUAACUGACAUGAUGAUAAUGAUGAUGAAUAACGUUGUCAUUGAAGAAAGCGAUCGAUAUUCUAUAAAAGUUGAUGAAUUAUCCGAAUAUCUUAUCACUAAUUCAUUAGAGUCUACAAAUCUUCCUGAAAGAUUUAUACAACUGUAUAAACUGCUUCUUCAUCAUCAGUUAUCACGACAGCGUCAAACACCUCUGUCAAAGACACUUGUCGAUGUUUACUCCACUGGCGGUGGCGGUGUUGGUCGUGGUCAAGUAGAGACUACCGAAGAAGUAUCAAGAAUUGAAUCGGUUUCAAUUUUGAGAAAUAUAAUAAAGAGUUGUAUAAUCCAUGAGAAGGAUUAUCGAUUAUUACAAUCCCAAUUGUCUCAAGAUUCUGCGGUAUCAUCACUCACUACGACUGAUACACUCGAUAAUGAUCUAUUAACUUUAUCAUUCAAUGAAUUAAUUGAUCUUUUAACACAGAAAUGGUUACAACUUGAUAAUCGAUUAAAAGAAUUUAUUGAUUAUAUUAAAUUAUAUCAUUUAAAAGAAAGAGAAGUGAUCACUGAACAAAUCGAUAAUAAACCUCAACAACAAAGUGUCCAAAGAACAACAGAACAUCAGUUGCCUUUCAGAAGAUAUCGAUCGAAUUCUUUUUCAUAUUCUCCUCGAUUAUCUUGUUGUAAUAAUAAUCAUAAACUGGUAUCAAUAAGAAAUAAGAAUAAAUCUAUGUUAACUUUAUCAACUUCGUCAACAACCAGCUCAGCAACAACAACAUUAUUACAGUAUACCUCAUUACUGGAAUUAUUAACAGUUCUCGAAUUCUAUACUCCAGCCUUUUUAAUGCAUGUAAAACCAAUGAAAGAGAUGCACUUGACGUAUCAUUUAAAGGCGAACACUAUGAAGUGUGGAUUACAACAGCUGCGAAGACAUUUAAUGCAGCUUACACCACCAACACACGAACAAGAACAACAACAACAGCAGACGACGACGAGAUACACCGAAGAAUUAAACACAUAUUUACAACAUAUCAAUACCUAUUUACACGUGAAAGAAUUAUGCACUAAACAAGCGUUGAAUGAUUUACGCUCAGAGUUGAUAUCAUUGAAUAGACAAAAGCAUAAAUUAUUGAAAAGGAAAGUAUCGAAUGUGACAACAGCAACAACAACGUCGACAAAGGCAUUUAGCCUUCUGCCUAUUCCAUCAACAUCUUCCACAGUGUCAAUCAUCUCGACUUCAUCAAAUAUCCUACCGACUGUUAUCUAUGAAGAUGAAGAAGUUCUACAGGAGAAGUUGAUGUGUACAAAAGACAGACUGAAACAAACUAUACUUAUAUAUAAGUGUAUACAAGAAUUGCUAAAUUAUCAAUCCGAUUAUUAUUAUUAUCAUCAUCACUAUAAUUUAAAAUCGAUCCAUAAUGCUCAAGAGGUGACUGAUGAUCAUGAUGGUGAUCGAGGUAGACGACUGAGUGGCAGGGGGAGUACUCUUUGUCGUAGUCAAUUAUCAAAUUAUGCAAAUGCAGAUGAUUACUGGCAGGAGACUGAUAUUGAUGCUGAAUAUACUCAUGAUCGGAAUCGUGAUCUAGAUCAAUCACAAACUACUCUGUUAUGUAAUUAUGAUCCUGAUGAUGGCAAUCUAUUGUAUAUUGGUAGUAGCAGCAGUGGUAACAACGAUCCGGAGCAUCGGGAUCAAUAUAAUGAACUGGAAUAUGCCCUACGUUUGUUACAUAUACGUGAUACUGAAUUGUUGUAUCUCAUAUCCCUUCAACAUGAUAGUAAUACUAAUAAUAACACCGAUACAGGAUACAAUAAUCUAAAAUUCAAUCUGUCAACCACCACUGCUGCCUAUACUACUACUACUAACAAGGAUAUCAGUAGUAGAGGUACUAGUAGUAGUAGUCAAUGGCUUAAAGAGAAAUUGGAUAAAUUUAUGCAUUGGAAUAAUGUACAACCGAUCAAUAUGCAUAGUAUACCAAUUCAUCGUAUUGAAUUUAAUCAGCCUCAACACCUUCAACAACUACAACUACAACCACAACAACAACAAAUAAUCGAUAUGACGACUACUACACCUAAUCUAUUGGUGAAAAGUCAUUUAUUGUCAAGUACAGAUGAUGAAAGAUCAACUGCAUUGUUUACCAGUCAAUCAUUUGAUCAUAUGACGUAUUAUUAUGAAGAAGAAACAGAUAUAUACGAACAACACUUGUACACCUUAGUACAGAUUGCAUUGAAUAAAUUAGAUCAAUUGAAUAAAAGUUAUGCAGAACCAAAGAGACCAUUAUUAUUAUCACCGGAUCGUGAAGAUGAACUUACUGAAUUACUCGAUAGAGUUAUCAAAUUAAUCCCAUUGGAAAGUCACAUUAGUAGUAGUCAUAUGAAUAAGACAACAGAUAGUGAAUCAAUUUAUUCUCAGUUGGGUAGACGUUUAACGACAACGGCGGCAGCGGCAGCAGCAACAGCAACGACUACUACCACAAUAAUGAUGACAACAACACCAGCUGCUAUUACCGCCAUCAUGACUGCAACUACUACGACGCUGUCAACAGGUCCAUCGUCAACAUCAUCAUAUUCUCAUUAUUAUAAGCCUGUCUCUAGUACUACCUGUGAAUCAUCUGAUCUUAGUCUAAUGACGAAUAUGACUUAUCCGUAUCCAAAACGUGCAGAGAAAGCACCAAUUCAUGAUUUAGUGGAUUCUGUUGAUCAUUUAAGGAAUUUGCAUGAACUACGCAGUCUAGCUAAAUAUCUGCUAGAUCAAUAUCAUAUUGUUACAACUGAAUUGGAAUUACAAUCUGAUACAAAUUGGUGUUUAAGACAACGUUUAAGCAAUGCCAAUAGUCAAUUGGAUCGUCUAACUGACCUGUUGAAUAAAAGUAGUAGAACAUUUCAAUCGAUUGAUGAACGAUUAACUGCGGAAAUACAUAAACAUUCAACAUUAACAGAACAAUGUGAUAUAGCCCGUCAAGAUACGCGUCGAGUUGUACAUACUUUAAGUGAAAUAAAUCAACGGCAUAAACCGACAAGUAGUCGACGGUUAAAUUUCGUUCCAGAUUCUUCAGAAUACUUGAUUAAAAGUAGUGGUGCAUCAUCGUCUAUUCAAACAAUGGAGAGUAAAUCUGCCUACAAGUUGAAAUCAAAAUCACAAAUAUCACAGACAACAACGACAUCAACAUCAAUCCAGUCAAGAAUUAGUGAUCCUGACUUCUUUGUAUUGAAUAGAGUAUAUGUUCCAUUUAGAAUGAUGCAAUCAAUAUCAUCACAAACUGAGAAACGCUGUAGACUCUCCUGUCUACCAUAUAGCGCCAGUAGUCGUCUUACCUGUGGUCCAAAGUUAAAACGUCCUACAAGUCGUAGUAGUAGUUCCAACAAACUAACUAACGACCGAUCAGAUUCACGUAAACGUCAUCAAUCAGCAUCAGCAUCAACACCAACUGUUGUUAUACCUAUUUCUUCAUCAACUACUUAUAGACGACCGUCGAAUACUCGUUCUCAAGAAAGAGGUGGUGAGGCAAGAGGAGGAGGAGGCGUAGUAGAUGUACAAUCUGAAGGUGGGAAUACUCAACAAACAAAUAAUAAUAAUUAUACAAAUUGGAGUGAAUUUGAAUCAGGUCAACGUAAACUACAAUCAGUAUCAUUAUCGAUUGAAAAGGAUCUAUUACGCUAUUAUCACCAUCAAGAGGAAUCCGCAUCGCAUUUAGGUGCACCAUGUUCUUCUUCAACAAUGAUUACUGAAGAACACGAAGAAGAGGACGAAGAUGAAGAAGCAGAAAAAAGUAAAGAACAUCCGUGUGAAACUCAUCCGCUAUUAGAAGAAUAUUACAGAAAUCAAGAACAACACCACCAACAACAACAAUCAACUAUAACAUCGUUGUCUUUAUCAUCUCCGGCGACGGCGUUGAUGAAAAGUGAAAAUUCCACUUCAUCACAAUCCACUUCAUCAUCAUUAUCAUUUACUAGUUUAGAAUCACAUUCACGUCGUUCUGCUGUUCCUGGUGGGAAUAAUGAAAGCCAAGCCAGUGGUAGUCGUGGUGAUCGUCAAUUACCACUUCGACAGAAGAAAACGAAAUUUCCAUCACGUUUUAUGAAUUUAUUCAAUAAAUCAAAUUAUAAAAAGUCAUAA